AUGUCUUUAUGGGUAGACAAAUAUCGUCCAAAGACAUUAUCACAAUUAUCAUAUCAUGAUUCAAUUACUCAAAGUUUACGAGCCUUAUCAAAAUCAGGGGAUUUUCCUCAUUUAUUAGUUUAUGGACCAAGUGGUUCAGGUAAAAAGACUAGAAUUUAUUGUACAUUAAAUGAAAUCUUUGGUUCACAAGUUGAAAAGUUAAAAAUUGAUGUUAAAACAUUUGUAACUUCAUCUAAUAGGAAAUUAGAAUUUAAUGUUUUAAGUUCUCCUUAUCAUUUAGAAAUUACUCCUUCUGAUAUGGGAAAUAAUGAUAGAGUUGUUAUUCAAGAUUUAUUAAAAGAUGUUGCAUCAACUGAGCAAGUUGAUUUCAGUAAUCAAAGUUCAUCAAAAACUAAACAUAGAUUCAAAAUUGUUAUUAUUAAUGAAGCUGAUUCAUUAAGUAGAGAUGCUCAAGCUGCUUUAAGAAGAACUAUGGAAAAAUAUUCAUCAAAUAUUAGAUUGAUAUUAGUUUGUAACACAAUUUCUAAUAUUAUAAGUCCAAUUAAAUCAAGAACUCUAUUGGUUAGAAUACCAAGCCCAUCAAUUGGAAAUAUUAAUUCAAUUUUAAACAAUAUUUCUCAAAAGGAAUCAAUCAAAUUUAGUUCAACCAAUGAACAAGAAUUAACCAAUUUAUUUAAUCAUAUUUCAAUUGAAAGUAAUAGAAAUUUAAGAAGAGCUUUAUUAAGUUUUGAAACUAUUUGUAUGCAAAAUGAAACUAUCAAUUUAAAGAGUACCAAUCUUUCAUUAAUUAAUUUAGAUUGGGAAAUUAUAAUUAAGAAUUUAUCAAUUCAAAUCAAGAAUAAUCGAAAUGUUGCAACUUUAGCUAAAAUUAGAGUUGUAUUAUAUGAAUUAUUAUCACAUUGUAUACCAGCUAGAACAAUAUUGAAAACUUUGCUAAUGGAUUUAAUUGAUCAAUUCAAUAAUGAUUCGAUUAUACAAGAAUUAGUUGAAUUAGCUUCAAUAUUUAAUGAAAGAUUAAGUUUAGGAUCAAAGAGUAUUUUCCAUUUAGAAGGAUUUGUUGCAAAAUCAAUGGUUGUAAUUGAUAACUACAGCUAA